CAAGAAAAUACCGGGAAGCAAUUGCGCAUGCGCGACUCACUUCAGGUGACGCACAAUAAUGGCGUCCGAGGUGAGACAGGAGCUUACUCAGCUGAUGAAUUCAAGUGGAUCUCACAAAGACCUUGCUGCCAAGUACCGGCAGAUUUUGGAGAAAGCCAUUCAGUAUACAGAUGCUGAUCAGCUGGAGUCCUUGAAGGCCUUUGUUGAAGCAAUGGUCAACGAGAAUGUCAGUCUUGUCAUCUCGCGACAACUGCUCACCGACUUCUGCACACAUCUGCCCGGCUUGCCUGACGCCACGGCAAAAGCAGUGUAUCACUUCACCUUGGAGAAGAUUCAGCCGAGAGUCAUCUCAUUCGAGGAGCAGGUCGCCUCUAUCAGACAGCACUUAGCAACUAUUUAUGAAAAGGAAGGAGACUGGAGAAAUGCAGCUCAAGUUUUGGUUGGCAUUCCCUUGGAAACAGGACAGAAGCAGUAUAACGUUGACUAUAAGUUGGAUACAUACCUGAAAAUUGCCAGACUGUACCUAGAAGAUGAUGACCCUGUGCAGGCUGAGGCCUACAUCAACAGAGCUUCACUGCUUCAGAAUGAGUCCUCCAAUGAACAGCUGCAGAUACACUAUAAGGUGUGUUAUGCACGAGUGCUAGAUUUCAGGAGGAAGUUCAUUGAAGCUGCUCAGCGAUACAACGAAUUGUCCUACAAGUCUAUUGUUCAUGAAAGUGAACGUCUGGAGGCACUGAAACAUGCCCUGAACUGCACCAUACUAGCCUCUGCAGGACAACAGAGGUCUCGUAUGCUGGCUACUCUCUUCAAGGAUGAGCGCUGUCAGCAGCUGGCUGCUUAUGGUAUUCUGGAGAAGAUGUACCUGGACCGCAUCAUCAGAGGAAAUCAGCUCCAGGAGUUUGCUGCCAUGCUGAUGCCUCACCAGAAAGCAACCACAGCAGACGGCUCCAGCAUCCUGGACAGAGCUGUGAUCGAACACAACCUCCUGUCUGCUAGUAAACUCUACAAUAACAUCACGUUUGAGGAAUUAGGAGCGUUGUUGGAAAUUCCUCCGGCAAAGGCUGAGAAGAUUGCUUCUCAGAUGAUCACUGAAGGACGUAUGAAUGGCUUCAUCGACCAGAUAGACGGCAUUGUUCACUUUGAAACUCGUGAACCACUUCCUACGUGGGACAAGCAGAUCCAGUCUCUAUGUUUUCAAGUCAACAACCUCCUAGAAAAGAUCCGCCAGGCAGCACCAGAGUGGGCCGCACAGGCUAUGGAAGCCCAGAUGACCCAGUAAAGAUGUUUACUCCUCCCUGCCAAAAAACCUUUCACUUGUUCCUUUACAGCUUGCUCCUGGAGAUCUGUCUUCCUGCUAAAAUCGCCACUAAUGGAGUUCAAAUUACACCGACUCUCAAAAAGAAAUGAUUAUUUGUUUAGGUUUUCUACUUUUACUCCUUAGGAUGUAUAAAAAUCUGUGAAUGUACCUUUUGGGUGUAACUAGUUUAUAAGUUUCAGUUGGCACACGAAUACUCAGCUAACUGACAUGUGAAAAGGUCAUAAAGAAGACACAAACAACAGAUUUGUUUUAGUGGUUUUGCUCCAUUAUUUCCGCGAGUUUUCAUCUUAAUUGAUCCCGUUGUAUCUGUUAGUGGUUCUUAAAUGCCUGUUAUGUAGCCAUCUUGGUGCACACCUGCAUUUUCAGUAAAGUUCAAGUUGAAAGAA